ACUUUUUAUAUUCCUUAUUUUUUCUCUUUUUCCAUUUAAUAUCUAAUUAUAUAUUUGUUUCAUUAUAAGUGUAGAAAGUAAAGUACAGCUGCAAAAAAACUAUAUAAGUAAAAGGAUAGACUGGGAUAGACGUAUGUAGAUUGUAGUGUGUCACAAUGGUCAUGAUUUGGUUAUGACUUGUUCAUUUCUUAUAAUUAAUAUCACAAAUUGACUGAACAUCACUGAAAAAUGACGCUGUAUCACUUCGGAAAUUGUUUGGCAUUGGUAUACGUGCCAUACUACUUGACCUACAAAUAUUCUGGCUUGUCGGAGUACGGUGCAUUCUGGAAAUGCAUUCAAGCCGGUGGUAUUUACAUAUUUACGCAGCUCGUAAAAAUGCUGGCGCUUGCGACAUUUUUUCCAACUGCUGACAGCGUGGGAGAAGAGGGUUUUGAUGUCUUUGGAGAAUUUUUGAAGUCAUCCAUUGAUCUGGCAGAUUUGGUAGGAAUUUUGCUAGUACUAAAUAGCAUACCUGGUAAAGGCCAUGCCAAGGUAUUAACUGCUGGUAUAGGAUGGGCAGGAGCUGAAGUGUUGCUUACAAGAUUUUUGUUGCUCUGGGUUGGAGCACGUGGUGCUGAGUUUGAUUGGAAAUAUAUCCAAAAAAGUCUCGAAUCGAAUAUAAGUUUGGUGCAACACAUAACAACCGCGACAUUAGUUUGGUUGUGGUCUAGACACGAUUUACGACGUGGUUUAGUUCCUUUAGUAAUUAGUAUGCUUGUACUUACAGUGUACAGGCCACUUAUGUUAGACUUUCUUUCAUCGUUUUUAUUAGCUGGUUCAUGGUGGACACUUAUUAUUAAGGCAGUUACUACCCUUUUUAUCGGCGCAACAACAUUGCAUAUUUAUGCAGGUCUCGCGCAUUCAAUUGGAAUUUUUUAAACAAUACCUGAAUUUAUAUACAUACUUAUUAUGUGUGUGUGCUAUAUAUGGUUGCAUUGAACAAUGUCUCCCAUUUUUCGAUAAUACUAUAAUUGUACAUUACAUAAUAAAUGCAUUGUUAUUACAUUUA